GAAUGUGGGCGGGUCUUCGCUAGGUGGGCGGAACCAUGACCGGAUCCCCAUUCGCCGGAACUUCCUGAAUCCUGAGCAGAUGGCUUUACCUGGGUUUUAAGCGGCUUCCUAACAGUACCGAAGGUCUGGGGCCAGGUGGUACACCUGGUUAAGCACAUGUUACAGUGCAUAAGGACUCAAGUUCGAGCCCCUGGACCCCACCUGCAGGAGGAAAGCUUCAUGAGUGGUGAAGCAGGAUUAUCAUGGCCAAGAAUAAAGUAAGAGGACAGAAGCCUAGGAAUGUAUUUCACAUAGCCAGCCAAAAAAACUUAAAGGCUAAAAAUAAAGCAAAACCAGUUACCACUAAUCUUAAAAAGAUAAAUAUUGUGAAUAAUGAAAAGGUUGACAGAGUGAAUAAAGCUUUUCUAGAUAUACAAAAGGAACUUGCACAUUUCUCAACACAUCUUUCUUUUGAACCUCAGCAGAAACAGCUGGUUCCACAAAAGUGUCAUGAAAAUGAGCCAGCUAAUGUUGAUGAAGCCACAAGACUAAUGGCUCAGCUGUAGUGUACUGGCAAUGGAUCUGGUUCCCCCCAAAGACCAAUAAAUCAGAUGUUUUAUACAACUGUA